UGAAGAAUGUGCUCAAAUUCAAAGAGUGGAGACCAACCGGGACCUUUAUAUCUUCAUAUAUCUUUAUAUCUUGCUUCACCAAUGCCUGGAGAUAAUAUUGCAUGUCGCUGGCAACUUUCGGUCAGACAAAGAAAAUCCUUUAAAGAGGACAACUGAAAAAAAAAAAAGAAAAUAGUUUUUACCUGAUUUACAAACAGCAAAAAUGAUUUUUUGGAACAGCUCAUUGAGUUGGACGACCUGCAUCCUCUUUUUUUGCUACAGUGUUUCAAUGCUCACUGCAACCAGCUGGUAUCCCAAAAGCCUUCCUUGUGAUGUGUCUGUGAAAAGAAAUGGAACAACCGUCUUAAUUGAUUGUAAUGAACGUAAACUUACAGAGGUGCCAAAAGGAUUUCCAGCAAAUGCCACAAAUUUAACUCUCACCAUUAACCAUAUACCAAAUAUUUACAAGACAUCCUUUGCUGGACUUGAGAACCUCACUGAAAUUGAUUUCAGAUGUAACUGUGUGCCUGUUAAAAUAGGACCCAAAGAUCAUGUGUGCACCAAAAGUCUUCAUGUGGAAGAUGGAAGCUUUUCCUCACUUCCAAAUUUAAGGUCACUGUACUUAGAUGGAAACCAGCUCUCCAAAAUACCUAAAGGCUUGCCUCCCAACUUGCUGCUGCUAAGCCUUGAAGUAAACAAGUUUUCUGCAAUUUAUAAAGAAAACCUCUCAGAAUUAACAAACAUAGAAAAGCUCUACUUGGGACAAAACUGCUACUACCGCAAUCCAUGCAAUGUUUCUUUUGAUAUUCAAUAUGGGGCUUUCUAUGACUUGAAGAACCUUGCUUUAUUAUCUCUCAAAUCAAAUAAUUUAUCUCAAGUUCCUCAGAACCUACCCCCAAGUUUAAAGGAGCUUUACCUAUAUAAUAACAGGAUUCAACACAUAGCUAGAUAUGAUUUCAUAAACUUGACUCAACUGGAAAUACUCGAUUUGAGUGGGAACUGCCCUCGAUGCUACAAUGCCCCUUUCCCAUGUACUCCAUGCCCUAAUAAUGCCCAAAUUAAUAUUGAUCUAUUUGCUUUUGACAUGUUAAAAGAUCUGAAGAUACUACGCCUUCAUAGCAAUUCUCUUGAGACAGUCCCUUAUCAAUGGUUCCGACAUACAGGAAUGCUAAAAAUUCUAGCUCUUUCCUCAAAUUAUUUGGCUAAAGAAAUUGUAAAAGCCCAGUUUUUGAUGAAUCUCAGCAAGCUGGAAGAGAUAGAUUUAUCAUUUAACUUUGAGCUACAGCACUAUCUUCCAUUCCUAAGUCUUUCUGAAUCCUUUUCUAAAUUAAUCUCGCUCAGAGUCCUAAGAAUCAGGGGUUAUGUUUUUAGAGAAUUAAGUGAAGCAGCCUUUGAGCCGUUGAAAAAACUUAAACAACUGGAAAUUAUUGACCUCGGAACCAACUUUAUUAAAUUGGCCAACCUCAGUAUCUUAAGAGAGUUACAGGCAUUUCAAAUCAUUAAUCUUUCUGAUAACAAAAUAUCACCUUAUUCUAGCAAUUCACCCUAUGUUUCAAGGUCUUGUUCAACUGCAAAUACUACCAGGGCUCCAUUGGGAAGUAGGACACAGUUCUACUAUGGAGAUGUCCGGGGGAUUCACUAUUUUAAGUAUGAUGAGUAUGCACGCAGUUGCAAGUCCAAGGACAAAGAGGCUGGUUCCUUGAAUUCGAUUGUUAAUAAAGAUUGUAGUCGGUUUGGAAAAACACUGGAUUUAAGCAGAAAUAAUAUAUUUUUCAUUAACCCCACAGAGUUUAAACAGCUUGGUGACCUUAGAUGUCUCAAUCUAUCAGGCAAUGCCAUGAGUCAGUCUUUGAAAGGCUCUGAGUUCUCUUACCUUUCUGGACUGGAGUAUUUAGACUUUUCCAACAACCGCAUUGAUUUAAUGUACUCUACGGCAUUCCAGGAACUGAAAAAUUUGAAAGUUUUAGACCUCAGUCAUAAUAACUUUUACUUUUUGUCAGAGGGGAUAACACACAUGUUGAACUUUACCAAAAACCUGCCUAAACUUCAAACUCUACUGUUAAACUAUAAUAAAAUUUCCACCUCGACGAACACAGUUAUGGAAAGCCAUUCCCUGGAAAUAUUGGAGUUCAAAGGAAACCGUCUUGAUGUUUUAUGGAGAGAUGGAGACACAAGGUACAAUUAUUAUUUUAGAAAUUUAUCUAACCUAGUCCAGCUUGACAUCUCUUACAACAGCCUUAAUUUUAUACCUCAACUGGUUUUUAAAGGCAUGCCAUCAAAACUUCGUGAGCUGUACUUGAACAACAACAAGCUGACGUCUUUCAAUUGGGGAAAGCUGCAAUUGCUCACAUACUUACAAGUCCUAGACCUCAGCAAUAAUAAACUAAAGACUGUUCCUCGUGUGCUCUCCAACUGCACCAGAACUCUCACCAAAAUGAUUUUGCACACAAAUCAAAUCCCAAAGCUCACCCAAUAUUUCCUCGAAGAUGCUUUUAGCCUUAAAUAUCUGGACCUAAGUUUUAAUCAACUCCAAUUUAUCAUGAAGUCUAGCUUCCCAGAAAACGUUGUCAAUCACCUGGAAGUCCUACUGUUGAACGGGAACAAAUUUAUGUGCACGUGUGAUAAUCUAUGGUUUGUUAUGUGGAUUAACCAAACGACAGUCAACAUUCCCCGCCUGGCAACAGAUGUGACCUGUGCAGCUCCUGGAGCCCAAAAAGGCCGCAGUGUCCUCUUCAUUGAUCUUCACAUAUGUCAGCUCAACUCUCUUUCCAUCAUACUACACAUCUUGUCAACAUCAAUCAUUCUCUGCCUCCUUGUGAUUUCAAUUUCAAGUCAUCUCUUUUACUGGGAUGUAUGGUACAGUUACCACUUCUGUGCUGCAAAGCUCAAGGGAUAUCAAACCUUGUCCUCGCAAAGCAGCUGCUAUGAUGCAUACAUUGUGUAUGACAAGAAGGACUCUGCGGUUUCUGACUGGGUUUUAAAUGAGCUGCGUGUCCAUAUGGAAGAUAAUGGUGACACCAGCUUCCAAUUAUGCCUAGAGGAAAGAGACUGGAUCCCUGGUCUUCCAAUCAUAGACAAUCUUUCCCAGAGUAUCCAACAGAGCAGAAAGACUGUGUUUGUACUAACCAACACAUUCCUCUCAAGUGGGAACUUCCAGACAGCUUUCUACUUGGCUCAUCAACUACUUAUGGAUGACAAGUCUGACGUGAUUAUCUUGGUUUUUCUUGAAAGAUCGCUUCAGAGUUCCAAGUAUCUAAGACUUCGAAAGAGACUCUGCAGAGGCUCUGUCUUGGAAUGGCCCAAAAACCCUCAAGCCCAGUAUUAUUUUUGGCAGUGUUUGAGGAACGCAUUGGCUACAGAGAACCAUACACAGUAUAACAGACUCUUCAGAGAGACUCUAUAGUUGACUAUGUCUUUUUAUAGCAACAUAGCAUGCUAAAAAAUAUAUUAUUGUAAAAUACUAAUGAAAUAACCAAAAUACAUAUUCUUAUUC